GGUCGACUGAUCGGUCUUACUAGGCCGUGAUGUGUGCACGACGGAGUGCGGUCGGCUUGAGGAGGUAGAGGCAGGCGCAUUCGAAGCUCGGCGUGGAAAGCUUUGUCCAGCCCGUCGCCGACCAACCCUCCACCACCAAACACCGAAGACGCCAUGGGUGCCGACGCUGCCGUCCUCAGCGGCCAGCUCGUCCCGUUGAGGACCAAGGACGAAGUGCGCGCCAGCCUCGAAACACACAGCGUCUACGUGGUCGAGAUCUCCGCCCGCUAUGCCAACCUGGUGAAGGAUGUUGUCCAAGCAGCUCUUCCGGCCUUCAAGUCAGCCGAGAUAUCGCACCUGCGCCGCGUGGUGCAAUUCAAAUACCUACCGCCGCAUCUACAGAAACAGUUCUAUCCGCCGGGAAGGCUGCAGAGAGGUGAUGAGGAUACCACCCCAUUAUCCUUAUCUCCCACCUCUACCCCUCUGCCUCCCUCCCCAACAGAGGACGAGAGUAUUGAAGACUCCAGUACUGAAGAUGUGGAUGCAGUGCGCUAUUUCAUCCUCUGCCCGACUCGCUUCCUCCAGCACGCCGAGCUCUUCGCCACGCUUCGUGAAAAUCCUCCCUUCAAUACGCUCAAGACCCCGCCGAGGAUAUUCUAUGUGACGGUUCCCGCGCUUGCUCCCACGUCGGCAGAGCAGGCAGAGCAAUGGAGCGUGCAAUACUGGCCCAUCGCGUAUAAGAACACGAACCCAUACGGACCGCAUCCGAGCCUUGUCGCACGGAACACGGCCGAGAUCGAAGCCGAAGCAGGCGACUGGCUUUCCCUCGCAGAGUCGGCCGGCUGCCACAUAUCCCAGAUGGAGCUGGGGGAGAGCAUUGGCUGUGUGGUCGUGGACCGAACGCGCGGGACACCCGAGGUCAUCGCCGUGGCAGGCGACUGUCGCUGGCGCUCUCCCAGCGGCGCCACCGAAGCCCACAUCUACCCCGGGAACGUCAUGGCACAUGCAGUCCAUCGCGCAAUCGCUAUGGUCGCCAAAAAGCGACUCCGACUUGCAGGUGCCGAUCCGACGCUCCUCGACCGCUCGUUGUUCUGCGACAUCCCCCUCACAGACAUCGAGAAGCAAUACUACGAACAAGACAACAUCCCAGCGAACGGAUAUUUGUGCGUGGACCUGGACAUAUACAUGACGCAUGAGCCGUGCGUCAUGUGCUCGAUGGCUAUACUGCACUCGAGGUUUAGGCGCUGCGUCUUCGGAAAGAGGAUGCCGUUGACGGGCGGCAUGACGGCAGACACUGCGGGCAAUCCCAGCAAUCCCGGGAAGGGUUUGCAACAUGGCAUGUUCUGGCGUCCGAGCGAGUUGAACUGGAAGUUUUUGGUAUGGGAAUGGCAGAGCAAGGAUAAGGAGACGGAAGCGCGCAUUAAGGAUACCCUGCAUGUUUAGAUUUGGGACCACCGGAUUGGUUUUGUUGGAUAGGCUUUCUUAGCAAGACAUAGACUACUGGCCCAGGCCUAGAGCAUAAAAUAGAUUUAAUUUCGCACUGGGUGCGAGGACAUGACGGAC